AGAACGGGUCGUGAUUAACGAACGAGGUCACAACCCCCAUUUAUCAUCGAUUGCUUUUGCAGCCGUUUCUGCGCCAUCUCGAGUCCACCCUUUUUGCACCAGAGAGACGAUACAUACAUAUCGCACUCCAACUGAGCUUCUAUAAACAUAUAUACAUUUCUCUCGCUCGUUUGCUUGCUCGCUCGUUUGCUCUUAAACUUGUAGGUAGAGCACACACGACGGGUGAUAUAUAUAUACACAUUUAUAUAUAGAAGACGCUUCUGAUGGAUUUGGAUCUAUGGAUUUCCAAGGUUAAAGAAGGUCAACACUUGGCCGAAGACGAGCUUCAGCUCUUAUGCGAAUAUGUGAAAGAUAUCCUUAUUGAGGAAUCAAAUGUUCAGCCUGUCAAUAGUCCAGUAACUGUUUGUGGUGAUAUUCAUGGUCAGUUCCAUGAUUUGAUGAAACUCUUCCAGACAGGGGGUCAUGUACCUGGGACAAAUUAUAUUUUCAUGGGAGAUUUUGUCGAUCGCGGGUACAAUAGCCUUGAAGUUUUUACAAUACUUUUGCUUCUUAAAGCAAGAUAUCCAGCUAACAUAACAUUGCUUCGUGGAAAUCAUGAAAGUCGUCAGCUUACUCAGGUCUAUGGAUUCUAUGAUGAAUGCCAGAGGAAGUAUGGAAAUGCCAAUGCUUGGCGGUACUGCACUGAUGUUUUUGACUAUUUGACUCUUUCUGCAAUUAUAGAUGGAACUGUACUCUGUGUCCAUGGUGGACUUUCGCCUGAUAUUCGGACAAUUGAUCAGAUUAGGGUUAUUGAAAGAAAUUGUGAAAUUCCACACGAAGGCCCAUUUUGUGAUCUUAUGUGGAGUGACCCUGAAGAUAUUGAAACAUGGGCUGUGAGUCCUAGAGGAGCAGGAUGGCUUUUCGGGGCUAGGGUUACUUCCGAGUUCAAUCACAUAAACAAACUUGAUCUGGUUUGUCGGGCACACCAACUGGUGCAGGAAGGUCUCAAGUACAUGUUUCAGGAUAAGGGCCUAGUAACAGUAUGGUCUGCACCAAAUUAUUGUUAUCGAUGUGGUAAUGUGGCUUCGAUAUUGAGCUUCAACGAGAAUAUGGAAAGAGAAGUGAAGUUCUUCACUGAAACGGAGGAAAAUAACCAGAUGAGAGGACCUAGAAGUGGAGUGCCAUAUUUCUUAUGAUUUAUCAAUAUUUUCUCAUUAAAAUGAUUUGUGCAAUUCUUUCAAUUAUUAUUAUUAUUACGGUAAUAGACAUUUUCAAAGAAUAUAUCUAUCUGUGUUAUGUGAGUGGGGAGACAAAUUAUUAUUGGCCAAAAAAACAAACAAAACCCCCCCUCCUAUCUCUGUUGUCUGUUCUUUUUUAGCUGCUUUUUUGGGUUCUCUCUAUAUAUAUGUUUUGUGUAACUUUUAUUAUUAUUAUUAUUGGUAUGUAGUUGUCAAAAUCUCAUUCAUAUUCCUAC